GGUUUAUAUAGAGUGAUAGGUUGGUGAUUGUGGAAAUAUAUAAGAGAAAAAAUGGGUAGCAAGUACUCAAUCCGAAAAAAGUUAUUGUCAAUUUUAUAUAAACAAGAAUAGUAAUCAAAAGCAACGAAAAAUGCAAGCAUCUUUCAUAUUUUCGCUACUGAUACUUGUAGUUGUACUUAUUAUUUGAGAUUUAUAUAGUAUAUCGGGCUUAAUCAGCCUGCAGCAAACUUUAACAAAAAUCCGUCUAAUGGACGAAUUAACAGUAUCACUAAUGGACCGAUAAAUAGUUUUGAUUCCGCAAACUUUAAUUUACCAAUUGAAACGAUAAUCAAAAGUUUAGAUAAAUAUGACGAAGUACCAUUUUCACCUUGUGGAAUCAAAGUCAAUGGCGAUAUGCUCAACAAUUUUCCAAUUCUUACGCCACACAAUCAACUUGAGUACUUGCUACCCAAUUCAAGUGGUGAAAUUGUAGUGCCCCAUGGCCAUUGGUUGAGUUUCCACUGCGCUGAUGGAUUUGCAGCCACCGUUCGGAGGACAAACUUUGCAGGCGCAAUGUGCUGGCGAUAAAAAUUUUUUUAUAAACAAUGAACAAGUCAAUUUCUCAAAGAUCAAUUGCACUACCAUAUCAAUGCCAACACCAAUACGAACAGGGCUUUGCUGCAGCGGCGAAGGCACUGAAUUGAUUAAUAUCGGCAUUAAAUUCAAUGAGUCAUCAUCACUACCCACAAUGCAAGUGUGUUUUGAAAAAAUUCGCCAAGCACCCCAUUACGUUGAACACACCUUUACUCCUGCAAGUAUUCACCGCCAAAAAAAGGUGAAGCGUAAAAACUUCACUUCCGGUAAUAUCUUUGGUGAUAUAAACAUUGACGCUUUUUACAAAAAGCCCAAACAAAUUAAGGCACUCAGUCGUAUACUUGGAAAGAGUGUUUCGAUUUACGUGACAACCAAAAAUUAUCUGUCCCGUGGCCAUUUAGUCGCCAAAGCUGACUUGAUAUUCAGUGGUCCACAAAUGUCCACUUUUCAUGUUGUGAAUGUAGUGCCACAAUGGCAGUCCUUCAAUGCCGGUAACUGGUCGCUCAUUGAGGAUGAAGUCCGUAAGUUUGCUCAUGACAGUAAUAGUACCCUACUCUGCUUGACUGGUACCUGGGUUGUUUGCACUUUGCCAGAUGUUAACAAUGUGCGACGCGAGUUAUAUCUAGGGGACGAUAAGCAAAACAAUAAUGUCAUAAGAGUGCCGCAACUAUUUUACCGUAUUGUUACUCGUAUCGAUGCUGAGUCUCGUAAAGGUAUCACGUUCGUUGGAGUGAAUAACCCUUAUCUGAAAAUUGAAGAACUGACAACCGAGGGAUAUCUGAUUGCAGAGGAUGUCUCACACAAUAUUAAUUGGAUUAACUGGGACAGGCAAAAUAUCGAUAAGGAUUGUUGUUAUGCCUGUUCAGUACCAGACUUCGUAGCGGUUGUGAAAGAUUUGCCGUUGGUUGACUUAGAGACGACCGGAAUUUUGGGUUUGAAGGAAUUGUCGAUGUAAUUGUAUGUUAUCCUAGGCAUGUCAGAUUUUUAGAUUUUUUGUUGGGCUACUGUAUUGGAAUUUUUUUGUGAUAGGUUCAACUUUUGCUACAGUUUUAGGAAGUUUCGUUUGAUAUUUAAAGAUUUCGGCUUUCAAACAUUACAACACUAAUUUAUUAGACAGUUUUAAGGUGUGCGGGUGAAAACAGGACUCUAGGGGAACCGAGCACCCAAAAAAAGUCGGUAACGCGCCUGGUUGCAAACCUCAUGGUGGUGUGGAAAAUGCA